AGAAAUAAGUCAGAGACGAGAAGUGGACAGCGAUUAGAUGAAGAGUAUCGUGCUGAGGAGGAGUCGAAAGACCGUCAGAAAAAUAAAACGACACUCAACGAAAGAGCAUUUUCACCGUCUCAAUAUCAGUCGUUUCAGGAUUUAUGUGCAAGUUUCAAUACGUUGCCAUUCAAUUGGAGUGAUGAAGUGGAAGAAGUGGAACGCAGAAAGAAGGAACGAGAGGAAAGGGAACGUAGUGAAGAUGUGCCAUCGUCUUCGGAUGCUGCACGAAUGCGAGAGUCGAAUGAAAAUGAUCGCAACGAUGCUAAGAGAAGGGCAUCUGCAAGAGGCACAAAUAUGCGUUAUUCACAACGCAAUAGGUGCAGAAAUGAUAGCUAUACUAGUCACUCAUCGAGAACUAAUCAAAAUGAUAGUAAUGACGAUCGAACAUCCACAAAUGAUGAUCAUCAUCCACAUGUAUACCCGGAUACGAUUAAAGCGCAUCGAAAGAGUGAUGAUCACAUUCAGAUGGAAAAGACUUCGUCUAGGAAAGAAUUAGAAACACAGCAUCUGGAAGUGACAAACGCUCAUCGAAAGCGAUAUCGGAUUCUGAUCGGAGUGAUGAAUGCGAAUCAGCAAAACUGUCCAGUAAUGAACCGUCGACAUCGAAUCCANGCAUCUGGAAGUGACAAACGCUCAUCGAAAGCGAUAUCGGAUUCUGAUCGGAGUGAUGAAUGCGAAUCAGCAAAACUGUCCAGUAAUGAACCGUCGACAUCGAAUCCAAUAACUCAUAUCAUUGUACCUCCACCCUCCUCUACCCCUCCGAAUAGUAACACUGCCGGAUCACCUUCAUUUCAUUCACCAAAAUCAACACACCCUGUGGCUGUUGUAUCACCUUUUGCAAGAGUAGCAUCAUCUAGCUCAUUCGUAAUCGACACUUCAAUACCUCCACCCAAUCUGAUUGUACCACCUCCGUCAGUUGCUGUCAUACCUCAUUUGAAUAAUAGUGUUCAGCUGUUGAGCAAUACUCCAGUUCAGUCAAUGCCUUUGCCGUCAUGCAACACUGGUGUUGUAUGGCGUAAGGAGCGUGGUCGCAAGAUGGAAGUGCCUCCGACCGAAUGGCCAAUUCAUACGGAAAUAUCUCGAAAUGAAGGACCGUUGAUCCAAAAGUUGAAUGAUCAAAUGGCGAUUUGUAUUGCGCGAAUUAAUGAGACUGGGAAUGUGGAUGCAGGAGAAGAACUGUUGAAUAUCAGCUGCAAGCUGUCCGACUUGUUUGUGACGAUAAUGACCCGUGAUAUCGAGUACACGUACGCUAUGAACCUCGAGCAGCACAUGUGGAAGCAGUGCUUCUACAAGCCCAUUGAACUACUUCGAUCCAUUUCUAACAGUUCACAUGCAUCUGCCUUCAGCCAAUCGAACGUUCUCAAAUUUAGAUCACUUCUUAUCACGCUCAUUCAACGGGGAUUGGAAUUCUAUACGAGUCUGUUGAAUAAUAAAUAUGAAGUGCGAUUCGGUUUUUUGAUUGAUGACUUCUUGUAUUGGCCGACGAGCGUGCCAAAUGAUGAUUUUGCGAAUUGUACUCAGAUAGGGAGCAGGUCGAUGGAGGGGAACGAUCGGUCGUUGAAGAUAGCCGUAUUAUCAGCACAGCGGUUAGCAAUAUCAAUUGGGGAUUUGCAUCGGUAUCUGGCGAUGGUUCGAGGUGUGAAGGACUAUUCGGCAGCGAGAUUAUGGUAUACAAGAGGCGCGCAGUUGGGACCUGCAAAUGGCCGUUCGUACAAUCAAAUCGCUUUAUUGGCUGUUUAUGCGAUAAUCCAACAUGAGCCAUUGCGUAGUGCACGCGACCUUGCGUUCAUGCGCGUCCCAUCGUUUAUCUCGGCAAAGAAUUGCAAAAUUCAGUGUAAAUGGGUUGACAUUGUCUUCUAUUAUAUCAGAGCGUUGGGUGCACACCAUGCAUUUGAAACUGCGAGACAGGCGUUGUUCACUGCAUUUAACGAUAUCAGCAAGAAGGUUUGUUGCUUUUUCACUUGA